CAGAGUUUUUCGUGUCCACAUGGGAUUUUGGAGGUUUUCACUUGUUUCUUCUGUCAUUUUUAGUUGUUUUUUGUUGGAGUGAGGAUGAAUUUUGAGAGGAGAGUUGAACAUGUCAUUGUUGACACCAGUGCUUUCAUCAAAAAUGUCCCUCUCCAGGAAGUUGGAGAGAACAUUAUCACUGAACAGAGUGUUAUCAAUGAAAUCAAGAGUAAAAGACAGCUGAGGAGACUCGUAGUGCUGCCUUAUGAUUUGGUGAUCAAGGAUGUCUUCCCUGAGAAUAUCCAAUUCGUCACGGAAUUUGCGAAGAAGACUGGAGACUACACGAGUCUCUCUGCCACAGACAUCAAAGUGAUAGCACUGACUUACCAAUUAGAAAAGGAGAAAGUGGGUACAGAUCAUCUUAAAGAGUCUCCUGCAAUAGUCAAGACCCUGCCAGCGACCAGAGCUGAACCCCUAGCCCACCCCAAGAGUAUCAUUGGUUUCUAUGUCCCUGGGGAUGAUGAAAACGAAGGGGAAGACUCCGAAGAUGAUGGAGAAGGUGAUGAAACUCUCACGAAUCCAGAGGUUGUCAAAAAUCUACAGAACAGCGAGGGAAAACCAGAACCUGUGGACAAUACACAGCAAGAGGAGAGUGAAAUCCUCGAAGGGAGGACGUCACAGUCACCUGACAGUGAUGUGGAUGGGACAGAUGAGGAAUCCGAGGGCUACCUCACAGCUCAGUCAGACCAAGACUCACAGACAGAAAAAACCGACCUCAUUUCCAAGUUUGAACGUCUAAAUUGUAAUGCUGACGAGUUUGAACUCGAAACUGGUGCGGAGAAUGCUGACGAGAUACUCGCACCUGUCGGGAAAGAGUCCAGUGAGGAAGAGGAGGAGGAGAGCACAGAGAGCGAAGAGGAUGAUGACGAGGGCUGGAUCACACCUAGCAAUGUGGCACAAGCUAAAAAAGAAAUGGAGUCAGACAUAAUCUCGGACAAACCAGCCAAAGUCGCGUGCAUGACGACUGAUUUUGCCAUGCAGAAUGUCCUCAUGCAAAUCGGUCUCAAUGUUGCUGCCUUGGAUGGUCGGGUCAUCAGACAAAUGAGGACGUUCAUUUUCCGGUGUUACGCUUGCUUCAAGACCACCAGUAUCAUGACCAAAGUAUUCUGCCCCAAUUGUGGACUCAAGACACUCAAGAAAGUCGCUGUUUCGUUGGAUGAUCAGGGAAAUGAGAAGAUUCAUAUCAAUUUUAGAAAACCUCUUUCUGCUAGAGGGAAAAGGUUCUCCCUGCCAACUCCAAAAGGAGGAAAACACGCCAACAACCCAAUCCUCUGCGAAGAUCAGCCAGUCCCUGAUCAGAGGCCCUCGAGGCUCGCUCGAAUGAAGAAUGACCCCCUCAACGACGACUACAUCGCUGGCUACUCACCUUUCAUAAUGAGAGACGUCAAUUCCAAAUCAGCAAUGUUAGGAAUCCGAGCUGGACACUCGAACUUCAAAUACUGGAUGAAGAAGAAUCCUAAUGAGUCUAGGAAAAAACGAAAAUGAACUCUUCAUAAUUUUUAUAAAUUCUAAAUAAAAUUUA